CAGGAGCUGCUGAAAAUGUCCAGCAGGUAUCACAAAGCAGCAGCUGAUGGCAAUGUGGACCUGCUGAAAGAGGCCACCAGGAAAGACCUCAACGCUUCUGAUGAAGAUGGGAUGACCCCCACCCUUCUGGCAGCCUACCACGGGUACCUGGAAGCUCUGGAAGUCAUUUGCAGGAGGGGGGGGGAUCCAGACAAGUGUGACAUCUGGGGGAACACGCCCCUGCACCACGCUGCCUGCAAUGGCCACAUCCACUGUGUCUCUUUUUUGGUCAACUUUGGGGCCAACAUCUUUGCUCUGGACAACGACCUGCGCACUCCCCUGGAGGCAGCAGCCAGCAGGGACCGCAAGGAGUGUGUCCAGAUCCUGGACAAAGCUGCCACCGAGCAGAACCUGCUGAACCCUAAGAAGGUCUCCAAGCAAAAGGCACAGGCCCAGAGGAACGUUGAGAGACAAAUCAAGGAAUGUGAGAAGCGCCAAGAGAAACACCAGCACGAAAUGAACCGGAAUUAUAUCAAAGAAAAGGUUGGCACAGUGAAUUCUUCCAGAGGAACGCACUCCAGGGUAAAGCUGCCCAGCCUAUUUGCUUCAAAUACCACAAGUACUUUAACCAAAAACCUGAAAGAUACCAUGAAACUCAAGACAAAAAAGACAGCCAACAGCACAAAAAGGCAGGAAACACAAAGAAAUGCCCAAGAUGAUGAUAUGGGUAGGAGAAAUGUGAUGCAUUUGUUUGAUGAGAAAGAGGAGGAUGAAUUACUGAAUGACCUCGAAGAGAAAAACCUUGCUGGUAAUGACAGUCAGCUCUCCAUUUUUCAGAGGCCAGGUCUUGGCAAAAUUGUGUUUGGAAGGAAUUUGGCUGCAGAGGUAAAUCCUGAAGCUGUGUCUUCUGAGAAAGAAGGUAUAAGAGUUACAAUGGCCAGUGAGCUCUUUCAGUAUGAAAAUGCUGAGAAUGGCAGGGAAGAUGAUGCUGAAAACAGUGCUGAUGUCCCUUGGAAUGAGGAAGAAGUCAUUUGGGAUGAUGAGGAAACAGAGAAUACGCCCCUUGAGGUAUUUCUGGCAUCACAGAUGCUGGAUGAGUUUCUUCCAGUCUUCAUGAGGGAAAAAAUUGAUUUAGAUGCCCUGAUGCUAUGUUCUGAUGAAGAUCUACAGAGCAUUCAGAUGGAGCUUGGGCCAAGAAAGAAAGUCCUGAAUGCUGUGAAUAAAAGAAAACAGGCACUCCAGAACCCUGGAAAAACUGUAGAUACUUGCUUAUAAAUUAUCAUACCUGUUGUUGUAACCUACACACUGAUUGAUUACUUUUCCCUCUCUCCAAAGAGUGGGCAACUCUUCUGAGAAUUCUGCUAAAGCAAAAGGCAGGUUACCAACUGCUUUAGAAGUACAGCAGAGAUAGUUUUUCUCUCUGGGUAGGUAGUUGUGGUGAACAGGAUACUAAGUAAAGUAUAUUCUGCCAAAAAGCAAGACUGUGAAGCUAAAAACCCAAAAGCUUUUCCUCCCUGAACUGUUUAUAUGGAUUGGAUUUCUUUUGGUCCAGAUAAUUUCAAAUAACGUGAAGGCCAGGCCACUGCAUUCCUUAACAAAGGCCUUCCUUUCUUCUCCAAAACCACAAUGCAAAGAGCAUUCUCAGAACUUGAGAGCUCCAUUUGCUUCUGUAAGAUGAGUAAAACCACUCUUCCUGGUACUGAUAGUACGUUAGAAAAGGAAUCUGAAUCUUGAUUUUUAGCUAUGGUUUAUUGACUCUAAUCACCUCUGAAUUAAUGUAAAUAAGAAUACUUUACAGCAAAUGUCAUAUUUUUGUCAUUAAGGUUUUUACUUCUGUAUUGACAAUUUAAAAAUACAUGAAGUAUCUUCUCAAGAAA